AUGGCAGAGACAGUGGUCGCAAACAAGGAGCACCCUCUUGCGGGGGUCGUCCUCUGCUUCACCUCGAUUCUCCCCGAGCAGCGGUCUGAGAUAGCCACCGUCGCCAGCCAGAUGGGAGCGACCCACAAAUUUGACCUCACCUCGGAUGUUACCCACCUGCUCAUCGGCGAGGUCAACACCCCCAAGUACAAAUUCGUAGCGCGGGAACGAGCGGAUGUUACCGUUCUGAAACCGGAAUGGGUCGAGGCCGUGCGCCAGUCAUGGAUGCAGGGCGGGGACACGGAUAUCCGGGCGCUGGAGACCGAGUACAAAUUCCCGGUCUUUGGAGGGUUGUCUAUUUGCAUUACCGGAUUUGAGGAUAUGUCGGUUCGGAACUACAUCCAAGACACGGUCACGGCUCAUGGCGCGGAGUUCCGGAAAGACCUUCUGAAGGGCACGAGCCACUUGAUCGCGCAGAGCACUGAGGGUGACAAGUACAAGUUCGCGAUGCAGUGGGGGAUCAAGAUUGUUUCGAUGAAGUGGCUCACCGACAGCCUUCAGCGCGGGAUGGUUCUGGAAGAGGCGUUAUACGACCCACAACUACCGCAAGACCAACAGGGCGUCGGAGCCUGGCAUCGGUCACUGCCCGCGCCGAAGCCCAAGGCUCCCGCCAACAAUGAAAACCCGUCGAACCCCCGACCCCGGAAGCUGCGCCGGAUCGCGAGUGCGAAGCUCGGGGACCAGAAUGAAGGGAUUUGGGGUGAUAUCAUUGGGGUUGGAUUCGAAGUUGGCGACAUCGGGCGGUCCAAAGGAAGCCAGCAGAGCGAAAGCCGAUCAUUACGGAAAAGCAUAUCCGGGCUUCAGGAGGUGAAGUCCUUCGCCAGCGAGACGACCAUGGCGGAAGCGCAGGAACCUCGUCCACCGCCGCCUGAGCCUGCCGCUAGCAAGGAUGAAGGCUUUCUGAACGGUUGCUUCUUUUAUAUCCAUGGCUUCUCGUCGAAACAGUCGAUUGUCCUACGCCACCAUCUAUCGUUCAACGGGGCGCAAUUGGUGGGUUCCUUGAACGAGUUCACCCGUUCAGACAUUCCGAAAAAGGGUCACGGCCUCUAUACGAUCGUACCUUUCAAGAUGCCUCGAGCCCAGGUCCCUACUACGGAUGAUCUGGCAUUUGAAUGCGAAGUCGUAACAGAUAUGUGGCUGGAGAGGUGUCUCGAUGCGAAGACACUAGUCCCUCCAGAAUCCCACGUUGCAAACACGCCAAUCCCUUCAUUUCCAGUUGAAGGUUUUUCUGGGCUCAAGGUCUGCUCAACCGGAUUCUUCCGUAUAGAUCUUCUGCACUUGUCAAAGCUUGUUAACCUCAUCGGCGCCAUGUACAAUGAGUACCUAACCCCCAAAGCUUCGGUUCUGGUCUGCAACGAUUCCAGCCCCGUGAACCAGGACAAGCUACGACAUACCCAGGAAUGGGGAGUGCCAGCAGUCUCUGCGGAUUGGCUUUGGGCCUCCAUCCGAUCCGAGAAGAAACAGCCGUUCGAACCAUACCUCAUUCAAAAACAACCUACCCAAAGCGGCAAGUCUCAUGAGAUGCGAGCUGGCUCGCAUUCCCAACAGAAACGACAGUCCUCAAGUACCACAAAACCCACGAACGUCACGAAAAGCACGUCCCACCAUAGAGAUGACGCCAAUACCAACAGCAUCGGAGGCCCCCGAGAAAUCGACACCACUAAGGCAGAUACCAACCCUAGACACGAAGCCACUUCGAAAACGAAACCAGACCCUCGAGGCCCUACCCCCGUCAGAGAAUCCCCCAUCAAGAGACCCCACCACUCAAUCCCCUCCACCACCUCCUCACCCCUGAAACGCAAGAAAUCCGAUCAUUCCCCGACAACGCAAUCCGUCAUCGACCUCGCGGUCAGCGGUCUCAUGAAACAAGCCGCCCGCACCGGCACCGGCUCCGAGCCAGGCGAACCCCACGACCGCAUCCGCUCGCGCGCCCGCAAACCGCUCCUCGGUCGAGCGCCCUCGCGCGCCUCCGCCCGCACCAAUAGCGCCAUCUCCCUCGAUCAAGCCUCCACAAACAACACCAAAGCGUUCUCGUUCUCCCGUGCAAGCUCUAUCGAUACCCUCAACGACGACGGCUGCGGCAGCGCCAUCGACUCCAACUACCCGGAAAGCGGCGGGGGCGGGGGCGGGGGCGGUAGUCUCCUGUCUCGCGGGAACAGCGCCAUUUGCCUUGACUACCUGGAGAGAGAAGGAGCCGGCGACUUGAGGGCGAUGCCCGAGUACGAGGACGAGAACGAGGCGCCGGCCAUGACGCAGCUGGACUACGAGGACCCGGACGCAGUGGCCAUGCGUGAGCAGUUCCUGCACCAAGCCGGGAGGGCCGUCGAGAAGAAGCAGGGCAUUCCUGCGGAACAACAGAAACUCGUGCCCGAGUUCCGGGAGCUGGAGAAUGUCGGUUGGGGCUCCGGGCGAAGGACGCGACAAGGUCAUAAGAUUGUGGACGGGGAGUACUGAUCUUGAGCUGGUUCGGGUAUUUGCUUGAUUGUGUGGAUUUGUAUGGUUGGUGUUUGGUGGUUUGUCGUGGCUUUGUUGUUUGUUGAAUAUGCAUGGCAUUGCGCGGCGUCUUUCCAUCAUGCGGCAUCUAUUGUGUGCUUUUUUUUGGUUGUGCAUCCC